AUGGAUGCGGAUGAACCCCAGGGGACGCUCGAAACAUACGGCCUGGACAUGGUGAUUGAGCCUUUUCGGGAGACCACUCUAGCCGUCGAAGGGACCAAUGUUUCGCUCUCUGGAAGGUAUUCGUGGCGGCUGCAGCACGCGAGUGAACAAGGAAUCACCGUUGAAGACGACGGUGACCUUUGGGCUCAUUCCGGCGGCCCUCAGGCCACGGUGACUUUGGACAGCCCGGGAACGGUGUACGUCCUGACCGUUCGCGAGGUGUCCGAGGACGGCCAAGUCGUCGCGGAAGGAAGAGUCAAGGCGUCCUGCAAGUAUGUAAGGCGCGAAAUCCGCGACCUGACGGAUGGGGACAGGGAGGCGUUUCUGGACGCCAUGGAGACCUGGUACACCUUGCCGACCGACGCGGGGAAGGCCAAGUACGGGCCCAACUACAGCAACUACAUGUCCAUCGCCGCCAUCCACGGCACCGAUUACAAAAACUUCUGCUACCACCAAGGUAUGCAGUUCCUGACGAGCCACGCGGCGUUCGACCUCAUCGUCGAGCGCUACCUCCAGAUGAUCGACCCGACGGUUUCCCUUCCCGUGUGGGACUACAUGAUCGACUCGGCAUUGCUGGGCCUCGAGUGGUACGACAGCGUAAUGUUCCAGCCCGACUGGUUCGGGUCCGCGAUGGGCGAUGUGGAGAACCACUUCAUGGUCACGGGCGGCCGCUUCGGCAACGUCUCCGCGAUCUACGACCCCGACUACACCCUCACGGAUAGCAGAGUCACGCCCACACACAACCCGUACGGGUACCUUUCUUCCUCGCACAACUACCAGGAUCUCCCGAGGUUGACCCGCACGAGCUCGUACUGUGGCCUGCAAUCUCGCGACACCUUCGCCACCCUGGACGUGUUCUUGGGCUGCUUCGGGGACAACAGGUCUCUCUACGGUUGGGAGGAGUGCAUGCAGUACAAGAUUCACGGGGAUAUCCACGGUCUUCUCGGCGGGGCGUUCGACUGCAAUACGGACAUGGCGAACUUCUCGGCGGAGCACCCGGAGUACUCCCACGGCCUGCUCGCGUUCGCCCUGCAGAUCCUGACCUUCAAGUUCACGGCCUGCAACGCGCUCACGCCCGACGACAACGUCUGCGACGCGAGUUGCGACAGGGGGCAGACGGAGCCGUGUGGCUGCACGUGUCUGAUGGAUGCGUUCGCCAUCUCCGAGGAGCAGGUUUACGGCUACAUGCAGCCGUUCAUGGAAGCGGCCAUGACCGACUUUAGCGGCUACCUGUACAUCACCCACGACGAGGAAGCUGCAUACCCCUACGGCUUCAUUCAGGAUGACCACCGCAUGAGCGAUGAACACGCAAUGUUCUUGAUGAGAACACUGGUCAAGAUCGGGUGCGAGCCCGGAGCGGUGGGCAUGAUGUCGACGGCUGCUAGCCCGGUUGACCCGAUAUUUUGGGUCUUGCACCCGCUGUUCGAGAAGGCGAUGCAUGUCUUGCUGCUCUCUCCCAAGUACGACGAGUACACGAUGGAGUGGGUCGAUGGCGAGUGCCCAGGUAGCGGCUACACGGACGAGCUCCCGAUCACGGGUGAGGCCCACGCAGCUAUAGACUCGUGCGUUCAGUUCUUCUUGCCAACGUAA